GCGCGGCAGCCACCCGGGGCCAUGGCCAGCACCGCCGUGCAGCUGCUGGGCUUCCUGCUCAGCUUCCUGGGCCUGGUGGGCACGCUCAUCACCACCAUCCUGCCGCACUGGCGCAGGACGGCGCACGUGGGCACCAACAUCCUGACGGCCGUGUCCUACCUGAAGGGGCUGUGGAUGGAGUGCGUGUGGCACAGCACGGGCAUCUACCAGUGCCAGAUCUACCGCUCGCUGCUGGCGCUGCCCAGUGACCUGCAGGCGGCCCGCGCGCUCAUGGUCAUCUCCUGCCUGCUGUCGGGCGCCGCCUGCGCCUGCGCCGUCAUCGGCAUGAAGUGCACGCGCUGCGCCAAGGGCACGCCGGCCAAGACCACCUUUGCCAUCCUGGGCGGUGUGCUCUUCAUCCUGGCCGGCCUGCUCUGCAUGGUGGCUGUCUCCUGGACCACCAACGACGUGGUGCAGAACUUCUACAACCCGCUGCUGCCCAGCAGCAUGAAGUACGAGAUUGGGCAGGCCCUGUACCUCGGCUUCAUCUCCUCGUCCCUGUCCAUCAUCGGCGGCACCCUGCUCUGCCUGUCCUGCCAGGACGAGGCGCCCUCCAGGCCCUACCCCGCCCCACCCAGGGCCACCACGGCCACGGCCACGGUGCCCUCCUACCGGCCACCUGCUGCCUACAAGGAUAACCGGGCCCCCUCGGUCAUCUCAGCCACGCACAGCGGUUACAGGCUAAGUGACUACGUGUGA